UCGCUGCCUGAGCUGGGACUGCUGAAGAUAUCUGCGAGGAGGAGGAGGAGCUGUCAGAGUUUGAAUUGCCCACAGAAGGAAAGGUGUUUUUUACUCCACGAGGAGAGAGAGAGGGGGGAAAGGCGACGUUUUUAAGUUUUGGGAAAGCGGAAUAUCUCGGCUUGUUGGCAUGGAAUGACACCUCACCGGGAGCUUCAAAGUAACACGAUGGCAGCCCGUUUUCUCAAGUGGAUCAGUCUCACGUCUCUGCUGUGGCUGAGCUUCUGCGGUCUGGCGGAAAAUAAAGUGUGCCAAGGUGCAACCAAUUAUUUAAACCUUCUGGGAACUAAAGAGGACCACUACAGGAACAUGGUAAAGACCUACAGCAACUGCACCGUAAUCUUGGAGAACCUGGAGAUCACACACGUGGAGGAUCACCGUGACCUGUCCUUCCUCCGGUCUAUCAAAGAAGUUGGUGGCUACGUCCUGAUCGCCUUCAAUACAGUAUCCAGGAUUCCUUUGGAGAACCUGCGCAUCAUUCGAGGCCAUUCUCUCUAUUAUGGAAGUUUUGCUCUUCUUGUGAUUUCCAAUUAUAACAAAUCUGCAAACAAGGGCACCGAUCAGCUUCUUCUGACCAGCCUGACAGAAAUUCUUAAAGGAGGAGUAAAAUUUUUGAGCAACCAGCUUUGCAAUGUGGAAACAAUCCAGUGGUCUGAUAUUGUUAAUGUUGGAAACAUCAGCAUUGAUCCAACUCCUAGCAAAAACAAAAAUUGUGGAAAAUGUGACUCAAGCUGCUUCAAUGGCUCAUGUUGGGCACCUGGUCCUGAAAACUGUCAGACUUUGACAAAGCUGAACUGUGCCCAGCAGUGCUCUAAGAGGUGCAAAGGACCUUCACCGAGCGACUGUUGCAAUGAGAAUUGUGCUGCGGGGUGCACGGGACCCAGAGCUGAAGACUGUCUGGCCUGUCGGGACUUCCAGGAUAAUGGGGUGUGUAAGGACUCCUGCCCAAGCCUUCUGCGUUAUGACCCCAACCUGUACCAGCUGGUUCCUAAUCCGCAUGGAAAGUACAGCUUCGGGGCCACCUGUGUCAAAAGCUGCCCACAUAAUUAUAUUAUUUCUGAUUACGGAGCAUGUUUGCGGACGUGCAGCGGUAACACGCAUGAGGUGGAGGUAGGAGGAGUCAGGAAGUGCGCCAAGUGUGAUGGGCUGUGUCCAAAAGAGUGUAAUGGACUUGGAACAGGAGAAUUGACUCACGUUCUGUCUAUCAAUGCAACAAACAUCGGCUCCUUUGAAAACUGCACCAUAAUCAAUGGAAACAUCGACAUCAUCGUCUUGUCAAUUUAUGGGGAUCAAUUCACCAAAACACCAAAGAUGGAUCCUGAGCAGCUUAAUGUGUUUAAGACAGUUAAAGAAAUUACUGGGUACCUGUGGAUUCAAACGUGGCCAAAUACCAUGAGCUCACUGAGUCCUUUUGAGAAUCUGGAGGUCAUUUGGGGGAGAACUAAACGCGGAAGCCACAGUUUGGUUGUGGCUGGGCUACAUAUCACCCACCUGGGCCUGAGGUCCCUCAGAGAAAUCAGUGACGGAGAUGUGUUUGUCUCUAAGAACUCUGAACUCUGUUACACCGAUGCAAAGCACUGGCAGAAGCUUUUCAAAUCACCACACCAAACUGUUAAUAUAGAGGGCAAUGCCAACGCUGCCACCUGCGCUCUGAGAAACGACACUUGCGACAAGAAGUGCACGGCGGACGGCUGCUGGGGUCCGGGCCCCAGGAUGUGCAUUUCGUGCCGCGACUACAAGCGCGACGGGAGCUGCGUCGACUCCUGCAACAUCCUGGAGGGAGAGCCACGCGAGACAGCUGUGAAUAAAACCUGCAUCAAGUGCCACCCCAAGUGUCAGCCCAUGAACGGGACUGCAACCUGCAGCGCGCCUGGGUCUGCUAACUGCACUAAAUUCAAAGAUGGACUGUUCUGCAUGUCCCGAGCUUGAAGCGUCCACUGAGGCGGUUCUUAGUCCUCUGAUUAAAAUCAGACACCCCAAGAGACAUGUUGUUAUUCAACACUGCAGGACUUUUGAGUGAUUUGGGGUGUUUUUCCAUUUAAAACAAACCGAUUAUGCCUGAUGUGAUUAUGCCUUAAUUUCUUCUUCUUUUAAAUGCUUUUUGGACCUAGAAGGCUUACGGUCAUGUGAGGAGGGAAGUGUUGACAAGGCUCGCUGAUAAAAGCUAAGAACAUCUUGUGAUUCUGUAGCUUGUUGAGGCACCUUUUGGUUUCUGUGUGACUUAUCAGUCUCUCAUAUUUCUUAUUUCUUUACAACGUUGCUUCAGUUCAUUGAGAUUUUCUCUUAAGGUCCUAGUGUGGCGACCCACUACAGGGCUCCACUCACACCCAAGCUUGGAGGAGGGGUUGUGUUGUGUUUGGGUGCGAUAUGCUCAGUUAAUGUAUGGAAGUGAAUAAAUAAAUAAAUAAAUUUG